AUGAGGGUCAGAUUGUUGCUCACAGUAUUUAUAGUUAUUCCAGUUUCUCUUAGCGCAGCCAAGUGCAGAGCAGCUCCAAAAUCCUUGCAGAACGUUCAGGUCUGUUGUCCUUUACCGCUGCCCAAUUGGGGCGCCUAUAACAGUGAGUGUGGCACGUCUGGCGUUCAACCGAGCGUAAGUACGAGUAAAAAGAUAUAUCUUAAAACAGCUAUAACUACAUGUCGCUUGGGUUGCAUAUUCAAUGUCACAUCGGCGUUGCAAGGCAAAGUCCUUAAUCCCAAGAAGGUGCGACCCAUGCUGGAACGAGCCUACAACAUUCAGGAUAUCAUCGAUGCCUAUGAUGCCAACUUUGCCAGUUGUGCCUCCUUAGUGCACAACAAGUACCAGGAAUUGACCCAAAUAAGUCGUCAGAGCGAUGCCUGCGAUCGUCAUGCGCUCUUCUAUAGCCUUUGUGCUUACUCCAAGCUAAUGCGAAAUUGUCCUGCCAACGCCUGGCAGGCCAACAACAAGCAAUGCCGCGUUGCGCGAUCCUAUAUGAAAAACUGUUCCUGGCCAGCGCUAAAAAUGUUCAUGAAGAGCACAUAGCACGA